AGAACACAGCAUACGUCACUCAGCCUCUAUUACUGCGCAUGCGCAUUGUUCUCCUUCGGCUAAUUCACUUCCUAAACACAAAACUGUGGAAGCUUGGUCCUUAGAACAAUAGAGGGACUGUUUUUUAGAAGAAGACCUUGGGAUUGGUCUUCUCCAUCAUGGCGUCCACCUCUGAGGAGAACGUCCAUGUAGAGGAGGUGGUGGUGGUGACGACACCGGACGGCUCAGCUCAGAGUCCCUCAGUGGAGGACAUGAAGAACAUGCUGGAGAACGCAGACCUGCAACAGUCUGAGGUGGAGAAUAUGGAGCAGAGCUUAGAGUCUGAAUCCAGUCCUGCCAUCUCUCUGCCUAAAGAAGCAGUGCUCGUGAAGCUUUCAGCAGAUGUGGACGUGGAGACUGACAUCCUUUAUCAAAUAACCUGCGGAGACAGCAAGGCCGACUUGGUGUGGAAAAAAUUCGUUUGCCCCGGCAUCAACGUCAAGUGUGUGCAGUUCAACAAUCACCUGAUCAGUCCGAAGGAGUUUGUUUACUUGGCUGGAAAAUCCACUCUGAAAGACUGGAAGAGAGCGAUACGGCUCAACGGCACCAUGUUAAGGAAAAUCAUGGACUCUGGCGAGCUGGACUUCUACCAGCACUCGAAGCUGUGCUCCAACACGUGCCGCAGCACCAAGAUCGACCUGGUGGGGACGCGAGCGUCUCUCAGCAGCCAGGCUUCCACCGAGACCACACCGACUCCAUCUUCUGCUGACGUAAAUGGAUCUACAGCCACAUUUACAACAGAAACGUCAGAAGACAGCACUGAGUGGGUCACGGCUAUAGGAGAGGACACCAUGACAUUCUGGAAAGGUCUGAAGGAAGCUGGACUGCUGGAGGACAUUGUGGAGGACCUGCAGAAAGAGAUCGAGGAGAUCCUCAAAGGCCUGGAGGAACGCAUCAAUGAACCUCCACUGCAAGUCAAAGAUGCAGUACUGCUCAAUAAUAUCGUUCAGAACUUUGGGAUGCUGGACCUGGUGAAGAAAGUGUUGGCCAGCCACAAGAGUGAAAUGGAUCGCUGCAGGGAACAGUACACUCAGAGUUUAGCAGCUCUGGAACGGCAGUGUGACGAACACCGUAAGCGUGCCAAGGAACUGAAGAGCAAAUCCCAGCAUCUCAACAACGUCCUCAUGAACCUGACCCCUGUAGCCACGCCCCCAGCUCCCAAACGCCCCCGCCUCACCCGCGCCGUCUCUGGACCCGCCUCAGUAAUGGCUCCACCUGCUCAGCCUGCUCAGUUUACCCUGCCCAUCACCCAGCUCACAGGCAUCCCAUUGGACAAAAUCUUGUCAGCUGUGGGAGGCUCUGCCCCUAGUCAGGCCCCCUUUAUAGGGAGUUACACAGUCCUGACAUCUCCAGGAGGAGCAGAACUGCAGCCCGAAACAUCCAAUCUCACCGUGCUGAGUUCAGAUGUAGCAGGAGGCUCUGCUAUUGUUAAAGUGCUCAGUCCCAUUCAGCUGCUCACGCUGCCCACUCUGGGAACCGGAGCUACGCUGCAGAACCUGGCAGCACCAGCAGGGGGCAGCACCGUCGUGGCUGUGCCUGUUAGUAGUGCUGCGGUGGAGACACUGGGAGCUCAGCCAGAAGAGAACGCAGAGUGCAGCGCUGAACAGCAAAUCAAAGACAAGCAAUAGAAAGACAUGGAAAAAAAAGUUUAAUUAGAAUAUUUGUGUGUGUGUGUUAUUUUUUGAUACAUUUUGUCUUCCACUGAAAUCUUGCAUUCCUUCAAUCUCAUGUUGAAUUGCUAAAACUAUUUUGUGUGAAUGUAUUUUCUGUAUUUCGCAAGUCACAUGAUGGCUACCAGUGCAGAAGGCGAGGGCUAAUAUGGAGAGAGUAAAAAUGCCAUAGCUUUUCACACUGUCAUGCAGUGUCAUAAAAAACUUUGCAAAGUACUAAAGUGACAUAUCCAAACAAUUGGCUUGAAUAAUUCCUCAGACCAAAUCUCUGGUGUAUGUGGUCCCAUGUUUCUUCAGUUCCCCCUCACAACCUUAGUUCCUGAAACAAAUGGAAUAAAAACGAACAACAA